AUGGAGAAGGAUGAAGCUCUGAUGCACCUCGCAACCGCCUCCUCGAGCCAGGGCGAGGGCACCGUUUCUAUCCAGGACAAUGGGGAAACUCCCCUCCUCUCUGGGCCUGCCGUCGGUCUUGCUUCUGGCAUUCUCACUGCAGCAUUUUCUGAGCCGCAGGCCAAGGUCAAAGAUCCUGAUUGGAGAUCAUGUGGACAAUCAUUGACAGAAACCAAGGAUGUCGAUUGCUCCCACAACACCCGGAAGGUUCACCUCGAGUGUCCGAGCGCCGCCCAAGACAAGCAUGAUGAUGCUCACUCUGACAAGACUUCCGAGAGCCAGCUCACUGCCGUCCCGACUUCAUACUACUUGCCUGUCCCAAAGGAGAUCUCGCGGGGACCUUUCCUGUUGAUCCCUACUCUGCAAGCGCAAGGCUUUCUCGAUGAAAUCAACUCGGCUUUGAACCUCCAGCUGACCCUGACGGGCCAGGGCAAGAAAGGCCUUGUGAUUAAAUUCAAUGAGACCACGGUGCAGCCGACGUUCCUCGGCCGAUGCAGCACUCCUGAGCAGAAAGCGGACUAUGAGGGAAUGGUCCCAGACUCUUUGGAUGACUGGGGACCGGGGACCAUGGUCGUUGGAGAGUUUGAAGAGCAAAUCAAGCAGUCCAUUGCGACUAUCAAGCGGGUGAAAAAGAAAAAGAAGAACGGUGACAGUGAAGCCCGACAGAAGAAGUGGGAAGAGUGUAUGGGCCGUGUGCAAGCCCACUUUGGUCUGCGUCCUCCGUUGCAGCCAGGUCAUCAACAGCCGUCGUUUGCCAAUGGUCAAAUCGGACCCGUUGAUGUUCUAGAUGUGACUAAAUGGGACUUCCACGACGCACCUAUCUUCAUCAGUAUUGACCUUGAGUGGAAAGAGAACACUCUGGGUGCGCUGACUGAGGUUGGGAUCUCAACCCUGGAUAUGAUGGACCUGCAGGGUGUGCCUCCUGGCGGCUACGGAGAAAAUUGGAUGAAGCAUAUUCGCUCCCGCCACUUGCGUGUAAGCGAGUACCGCACUUGGGUCAAUAACAAAUACUCCUAUGGUUGUCCUGAUCGGUUCGCAUUUGGCGAGAGUGAGAUGAUUCCGGGCGCAGAGAUCGGAGAAGCCGUGGACGCUGCAUUCCAGCCCCCGUACAUGGUCCCCAAGGAAAAUGACAUCGUCCGCGGAUACAAGCGUCAGAAGCGCACCGUAAUCCUCGUUGGUAUCGAUCUUCGUCAUGAUUUCAGGAUUCUGAAGGAACAAAACAGCCAGGUUUUCCUUGGACUCGAGACCCUGGAUGGUUCUUCGCCCGUUGUUCGCGAGGUCGUCGAUGUGGCACAGCUGUACCGUGUAGAGCACGGGAUGCCUAACCCACCAAGUCUUGAAUCAAUGCUAAAUCAACUGAAGAUCCCGAGUGCCAAUCUGCAUAAUGCGGGCAAUGAUGCGAGCUGCACCCUGCGGGCUCUCGUGCGAUUGAUGCUUGAAGUUGCUGGGGAGGAAACGGACGUCUCUCGGAAUCAGACUAACUAG